AUUGUAUUUCGUUUUCAAUUUCAGAUGAUAGAAGAGUAACCUGAAAACGAUUUAUUCCUCAAAACUCUCCUGUAGAAAAGUGUUCCUAUUCUAUCUUGCUAUGGAAGCUGUUCAUCUAGUCUUUGUUUUGAUUUCGGCAUUUGUCUGCUUAAAGACAGUCAACUCUAUAGAAUAUUCUGAUUUAGAAGCCAUGGGGAUCAACUGUCCAAAUGCGGUCAGUUGCGUCUUCAUAGACAAUUCGAACUUCACCAAACGAAACUGCGAAUGUGAUCGCGAAUGCGUCGUCUACCAGGACUGUUGCCUCGACGCCACAGUUCGCGCGACAUCGCGAAGCAGAAUGAAUUCUGCUUUUACUUGCAUGUCCUUUGGAAGGGAGCCCAACGUAGGAGCUUACGUCGUCCAAACAUGUUCCAGGAAUUAUAACGGUCUUGCCGCAAUGCAACGCAAGUGCCAGAAUCAGAAUAAUAUUAGUGACCCACUUAUGGCUGCUCCAGUAACAGAUACUAUAACGGAUACCUCCUACAGGAACAGGUACUGUGCCGAGUGCAAUAACGUUGAUCUUUCUAACAUCCAAAGCUGGCUGAUUCAGAUGGAUUGCGACUUCACUGUGACUGUCAAUGUGAGCAACAGCUUCAUCUGGCAGAAUCUCCAGUACAGACCUGAUAUGAACAAAUGGGGUGUUAAUAUCAACAACAAUUUCUAUACCUGUGAUCUAAAUUUCGAAAUACCUGCUUACUUACAAACUAAAACCAGACUUUGCCGUUCCCGUGUGGUAUCCACCUGUCCCAGGACGUAUUCUCGUAUGAUGGUGAAACGCGAAUGCGAGUCGUAUACAGCCAUCACCUACGUCAUAGGCAGCAACACAGUGUACAGGAAUCCUCACUGUGCAAUUUGCAAUGGUAUUGCUGUUGGCUCCUUGAGGUGUGAUCCAGGUGUGAUGCCUAGAAAGAAGAAACCAUUCUCUUUUGCUUUGUUGUUAGAUGUGAAUCAGAGCGAUGGCGACGUUGUUGGCGUGUCUAGGCCGGGGGGUGAGAAUUGUGGGCCGGACCAGAAAUAUGAUCCCUAUUUCAAGAAGUGCCGUAAUUUGGUUUGUGCUCUUCCAGGAUAUCAAAUGGUUAAUGGUAAAUGUAAAAAACCAGGGUAAAUCGUUUAAUACGAUGCCAAUUAUCAGUGCCAAGCAUAGUUCUAGUUAUAUUUUAAAUUAACAAAAACUCUAAGAUGUAAUAUUUUUUAAUGAUUUGUAUUUAGUCAUGUACAGCAAGUGUAAAUAAAAAUUUUAAUUUUAAUGUU